UGGGACACCCUGUAUAGUCAGCCCAACGCCAAAGAAAGUCUUACAAAAAAGAGUAAAAAGAAGAGUAAGAAAACCAAGUCUAAACCAUCAGCUCAUAAUACCAGUCAACUAAAUGCUCCGGAUGCAAAUACCUCUGGCUCUGGCGGGAUUUCAAAUACCUCAAAACCAGUUGUUAUUGCAGGAGACUCAAUUGUUAAAAAUAUUAUCGGUCCGAAGAUGAAUGCUGAAGAUCCUAAUCAUUAUUUUAUUGUAAAGCCGUUCCCUGGAGCAACAGUCACCGACAUGGAGGACUUUGUCAAGCCACUUACAAGAAGAACACCGGACAAGAUGAUUUUACAUGUUGGAACAAACGAUCUGAGAAGUCAUUGCACGCCAAAAGUAAUAGCUGACUCUAUCGUCAACAUUGUAACGCAAGUAAAAGAAGAUUCACCAGGUACAGAUGUUGGAAUAUCAGCCAUUCUGGUAAGGUCUGAUAAUCAUGACUUAACUGUUAAAGCUACUCAGGUUAAUAACAUUCUUAAAGGCUAUUGUAUUCGCAAUAAAAUUCCCUUCUUAAGUAAUUCAAAUAUGAAUGAAAGCCACCUAAACACGAAGGGCCUUCAUUUAAAUAGACAAGGUAGCUUAGCUUUACAACAAAACUUUUUAGAUUUUGCUAAAUCUAUCUCAGAUUGACAAUUUCCCAAAUCCGUUAUUCCUACCUCACGCGGGUUUAAGUUAGCAGCCCUUAAUGUGAGAAGCAUAGUAAAUCACAUUGAUGAGCUGCGAGUUUUGCUUGCUACUAGCCCAAUCGAUGUUCUAGCAAUUAACGAGACAUGGCUUAAUUCUACAAUAAGCGAUAACGAUGUUUACAUACCUGGAUAUGAAAUUAUACGUCGGGACAGAGCAUGUAGUAGUGCCGAUGGAAAAACGUAUGGAGGUGUUUGCUUUUAUGUGCGCUCCUGCGUAAAUUUUAUACUUCGCAAGACCUGUUUAUCGAUGACUUGGAAAAUUUAUGUAUUCAAAUUCAAAAACCAAAUUCUAAGCCCUUUCUCGUUACAACAUGGUAUAGACCACCUAAUUCGAAUACUGAUAAAUUUAAUCAUUUCGAAACGUUUAUUGAUAUACUUGACGCAGAAAAUGUCGAGUAUUACCUAUUGGGCGACCUAAAUUGUGACCUUGGAUCGCCUACUUUAGAUUGCAAUUCGAGAUCUUUAAUUGGCAUCACUGAACUCUAUGGUUUACAUCAAUUAAUAAAUGAACCAACUCGAAUUACCGAAACUUCAUCAACUAUGAUCGAUCAUAUUUUUACCAAUACACCAGAUAAUAUUGUUUCCUCUGGUGUUUCUCAUGUCGGUAUCAGUGAUCAUAGCUUAAUUUACGCAUUCCGUAAGCUUUCUAUCAGUCCACGCAACAAAGGCCAUUCUACAAUAAGUUAUAGAAAACUUAAAAAUUUCAAUUUUGAAUAUUUUCGA